AUGACCUAUAAAUCGUUUGAUUCCUCCGGAUUCUACCUCAUAGUUAUACUAACGGAUUCUGAAGAACUACCGGAUAAUUUGAUCCGAACAGUUUUCGAGGAUUUGUGGAAGCUUGAUAUAACCAAUGUGAACGUACUAGUGACAGAUACCAGCAAGAAUCAAGUGUUAAUCUACACUUUCUUUCCGUACUCUUCGACACACUGCGGUGUCGUUGAACCACAACUAUGGUACAACUUCACCGACGUUGACGAAAGUAUUCUUCUGUAUCCAAACCGCCUUCAAACUUUCUACGGCUGCCCGUUGAAAGGUGGAACAUUAGACGCCCUACCGUAUUCGGUAGUGAAUGCGCACGAGAAUUCUUCGAAAAUCAGUCAAGGUGGUUUCGAGGGUGACAUUGUUGAUCUGCUGAAGCAACGACUGAACUUCACGGUUGAGUACAAACUUCCUUCAACCGAGGAGCUGUGGGGAUUCAUUGGAAAGCGAGGCGAAAGUACCGGAUUGAUGAGGAUGAUCCAGGAGGCGGAAGUUGAUUUUGCCGUCGGAAGCUUGGGAUUCACCUACGAUCGACACCACUAUCUUAAACCUGGUGUCGCUCACUACACUAGCGAAGUCGUUUUUGCCGUAUCUCUCGGUCGACCUUUCACAGCUUUUGAGAAGUUGUUUCGUCCUUUUCAAGGGAAAGUGUGGAUUUGUAUCAUAGCCUAUUUGAUCAUCGGAUUAGUGGUAACGAACCUACUUCGAUUGAUGUUUUGCUUCGACAAUCGAGUUAUGUUCUAUGGAAUGGCAACUAGGACACCGUACCUUAACAUGCUGAACAUAUUUUUCGGGGGUGCUCUACCACAGUCACCUGGAAAUAAUUUCGCUCGUACAGUUUUCUUUCUCUGGAUCUACUACACAUUCAUUAUACGCUCGGCCUAUCAAGGGUCCCUCUACAAAUAUCUUCAGAGAACAAUGAAUCAUCCACCACUGAAGACCAUGGAUGACAUCGAUCGCUCCGGAGUCAACUACUACAUGAUGGAAAUUGCGAAAAGAUUUUUCGUAACGAUGCCUUCGGUGCUGGAACGGACCAUCUUUAUCACUCCCGGUAAAGAUUCGUUGGGUAAAACGAUCGAACAGCUGGGGCGAGGCGAACUGGAUGGCGUAGUGCUGGUGACCUCCGACUACGCUGCCUACCAUAACAAGGUGUUCCCAAAGCGGCAGAUGGUUCGCAUUACCAGGGAACUCAUCUCCGCCUAUCCGUUCGGGUUCUACUAUCCGAAAAAAUCUCGCCUUACGAGGGUGUUCGAUGAGCAGAUUCGAAGUCUGCAGCCAACCGGGAUGAUUGGAUUCUGGAUACGGCGAUAUGGGGAUUACAAUUUUUUCGAAAAACCCAAACAAAACGAGGGCCUUCGAGCUUUGACCAAUGGGCAUUUGGCCGGCGGGUAUCAGGUUUUUGCGUGUUUGUUAGGUUUGAGCGUUGUCGUCUUUGCGAUUGAACUUGCAUCUAUCCGGAUCGUUUGUUUAAGGAAGUUUCUUUUACAUGCCGUCGAUUGA